AUGUCGUCCAGCGCCUCCAACGUCUCGACUGCGCUGAUGCACCAUUAUGGCGCUGGGGACGAAACUCGUAGUCAGGUCAUCGCGGCAUUCGCUGCCAUCGCAUGGUAUAAUGCCAUUGAACUGAUCGUCCUCUGCUUCGUCUCCUUCAAGCGUCACCGCGGUUGCUACUUCUGGAGUCUCCUCGUCUCCUCGAUCAGCAUCAUCCCAAACUGCCUCGGCUAUGUCCUUCUUUUCUUUUCAACCGGGGUCACACCCUACUCCUGUGUCACCCUGAUCAUCUUGGGUUGGUAUGCCAUGGUCACCGGCCAGUCUGUCGUGCUCUGGUCUCGUUUGCAUCUCGUUCUGCAGAAUACCAAGGUGCUGUGGGGAGUCUUGUGGAUUAUCAUCAUCGAUGCCUUCCUGUUCCUAAUCCCCACGACCGUGCUACUAUAUGGCGCGGUCGCAGCGCCGGACAGCAAGUGGUUCAACGGCUACAAUGUCAUGGAGCGCAUCCAGCUCAUUGGGUUCUGUAUACAGGAGCUGAUUAUCUCUGGUCUAUUCGUGUGGGAAACGACAAAAUUGCUACGCCUACGCCCUCAGGGUCGACCGCAGGGCAUCCUGAACCAGCUUCUCAUCAUCAACAUCAUUAUUCUCAUCCUCGACGUGGCUGUGGUAGUCAUCGAGUUCGUGGGCUACUACUCCGUACAGGUCAUGUUCAAGCCAGUCGCGUACAGCAUCAAACUCAAGCUGGAAUACGCGAUUCUAGGCAAGUUGGUGGCCGUUGCUCGAGGUGGAUACAGUGAAGGCGAGCUACCCUCGAGCGCCCGUGGGGAAAUCACAAUCGCUUCGUAUACCUCCUCAACGGAGCCUCCGCCAUCUUCACAUUGCCAUCUACGGGGGCAAUAUAGCCCGCCGUGGUUUUGGAAGACUUCACAACAAUCCAUCUCGGUGUCUUCGGCGGUCCCCGAGUAG